AUGACGACGCUGCCCGAGAAACUCAAGUCCGCAGGGUAUCGCACAUUCAUGGCGGGGAAAUGGCACGCAGGCGGCUAUGCGUUUGGGCAGGUGCCUGGACAGCGCGGGUUUGACUACUCCAUCGGAUAUCUGGACGGCAAGGAGGAUCACUACACGCACUACAUGGGCAUGCUGGGCGCAUACGACUUCUGGCAAACAAACAACGUCUCAUAUGGAUACAAAGGCAUUUAUGGCGAUUCCAUCUAUGUCAACAAGAGCGUCGAGUUUAUCCACAACGUGACCACGGCUGACAAAGAUGAGCCCAUCUUCAUGUACAUUGCAUUUCGUAAGUGCACACCAGACAACUUUGAUUGCUUUGAUGGCGGCGUGAAGGCGGUGUCGUUUCUGUCUGGUCCCGUCCUGCCGUCUGCGGUCAAAGGGACGCGCAGCUCGGCUCUCGUCCACAUUGCCGACUGGUACGCAACAUUCGCGUCCCUCGCAAAGGUUGAUCCGUGGGACAACACAACCGCAGUUCCGCCGUCAGAUGGUCUCAACGUCUGGCCCGCACUCACCAAGGAGCAGCCAUCCCCAAGGACGGAGAUUGUGCUGUGCGAGAAGGCCAUAUUGUCUGGGCGGUACAAGCUGGUGAACGAGUACAGGUACGACGGCUACUCAGGCCCAGCGUACCCAGAGACGCCCAUCACACCGGCACCGCCGUGCCCGAAAGAUGGCUGCUUGUUCGACAUUGAGCGCGAUCCAAGGGAGACAACGGACUUGUCGGACACAUACCCGCAGAUUAAGAAGGACCUCCUCGCGAAGUUGCAGAACGCGUCGGCCACAUUCUUCCAAACUGGCGACGAUGGAUACAAGGGAAAGUUCACAGACUGCAAGCCGUUUCAUGAAAUCCUCAACAUGACAGACGGGUAUGGUGCCCCGCUGUGUUAUGAACCAAAGCAUCACCCCAACAAUAUCAAGGGGAAGUAAACGAGAUGAAUGACGA